AUGAGCGAGUUGACUGGGUUUCAAAAGGUCAUUUUGACCUUAUUGGCAUUCAUAUUUCCUCCUUUACCAGUCUUUAUGUUGAAUAAUUAUGUGGUAUUUAGUAAGGAAAUGUUACUCUCAGUUUUAUUGACAAUACUUGGUCAUCUUCCUGGAGUCUUGUAUUCAAUAUUUUAUAUCUUUGUUGAGUUUCCUAAGCAGAAUCGUUCAACUGAAGGCUACAUUCAGAUAACUGAUGAUGAAGAAACAAAUAUAAGAGCAGCUCCAAGAUCAACAACUGGAGAGAAUUCGUCGCCUUCGGAGUCGAGACUUGGAACAUCUAACGUCGAAAGUGCACCUCUCGUGCAGAAUUCUUCUGAGGAUGAACCACCUAACUACGAAGAGAUUGCUGGUUCCAGCAAACCUAAUGUUCGGGAUUCCAAAGACAACAAAGUCCAGCACCAGUAA